AUGAUCCCAUAAGUCGGCACCUCCGAAAACGAAGUAUUCAUGAAUGAAGGCAUUCCCAAAUAUCUAAUGAAGAUCUCUUCCACUUAUUUCCAAUAAACUGACAAGCCAUUUGAAAUUCUAUCUACAUCUCCUCGUAAAUCAAAUGAUGCUGAUAUGAAAUGUUUGAUAUGUUUUGAAAAUGAAAGUGGAUACGUACUUAUGAAUUGUGGGCAUGGUGGUUUAUGUCUGAAAUGUGCAUCCAAUCUUCUCUUGAAGAAUAAGGAAUGCUAUUUAUGUCGUUAACCUAUAAUGAAAGUAUUCUAAAUCUAAAAGAACAAUUUUAACUUCGUUGAAGUCAUUGGAAUAAUAGAAACAUAAUGA